CCUCGCCCCCGCCUCCGGCCCGAGGCCGCACGGGUGUCCUCGCGCUGCUAGUCCGCGCGCAGCUUGGCAGUUUGCCGCUUCCUCGUCCUCCAUCCUGCGUCCAUGGCCACCGCUGCGACUGAGGAGCCCUUCCCUUUUCACGGUCUCCUGCCGAAGAAGGAGACCGGAGCCGCCUCCUUCCUCUGCCGCUACCCGGAGUAUGACGGGCGGGGGGUGCUCAUCGCUGUCCUGGACACGGGGGUCGACCCGGGGGCUCCGGGCAUGCAGGUUACAACUGAUGGAAAACCAAAAAUCGUUGAUAUCAUUGAUACAACAGGAAGUGGCGAUGUGAAUACUGCUACGGAAGUAGAGCCAAAGGAUGGUGAAAUUGUUGGCCUUUCAGGAAGAGUGCUUAAGAUUCCUGCAAGCUGGACAAAUCCCUCAGGCAAAUACCAUAUUGGCAUAAAAAAUGGCUAUGACUUCUAUCCUAAGGCUCUCAAGGAAAGGAUACAGAAAGAACGGAAGGAAAAAAUCUGGGACCCUGUUCACAGAGUGGCCCUUGCAGAAGCCUGUAGAAAACAGGAAGAAUUUGAUGUUGCCAACAACUGCUCUUCUCAAGCAAAUAAACUAAUCAAGGAGGAACUUCAAAGUCAAGUGGAAUUGCUAAAUUCUUUUGAGAAGAAAUACAGCAAUCCUGGCCCUGUAUAUGACUGCUUGGUAUGGCAUGAUGGCGAAGUCUGGAGAGCCUGCAUUGAUUCUAAUGAAGAUGGGGACUUGAGUAAGUCUACCGUGUUGAGAAACUACAAAGAAGCCCAAGAAUAUGGCUCUUUUGGCACAGCUGAGAUGUUGAAUUACUCCGUUAAUAUAUACGAUGAUGGAAACCUGCUCUCCAUUGUGACCAGCGGAGCUCCUGGUGCUCAAAUCAUCAAGAUUGGUGAUACAAGACUAAGCACAAUGGAAACAGGCACAGGCCUCAUAAGAGCUAUGAUAGAAGUUAUAAAUCAUAAGUGUGACCUUGUCAACUACAGUUACGGAGAAGCAACUCACUGGCCAAAUUCUGGGAGAAUUUGUGAAGUAAUUAAUGAAGCAGUAUGGAAGCAUAAUAUAAUUUAUGUUUCAAGUGCUGGAAAUAAUGGUCCAUGCCUGUCUACAGUUGGUUGUCCAGGUGGAACUACAUCAAGUGUGAUAGGUGUUGGUGCUUAUGUUUCUCCUGAUAUGAUGGUUGCUGAGUAUUCACUGAGAGAGAAAUUACCUGCAAAUCAAUAUACUUGGUCUUCUAGAGGACCUAGUGCUGACGGGGCCCUUGGUGUGAGUAUCAGUGCACCAGGAGGAGCCAUUGCUUCCGUUCCUAACUGGACACUGAGAGGGACGCAGCUAAUGAAUGGAACAUCUAUGUCUUCCCCCAAUGCAUGUGGAGGCAUUGCCCUGAUCCUUUCAGGUCUGAAAGCUAAUAACAUUGACUACACAGUUCAUUCAGUCAGAAGAGCUCUAGAAAACACUGCAGUGAAGGCUGACAAUAUCGAAGUAUUUGCUCAAGGACAUGGUAUUAUUCAGGUUGAUAGAGCCUAUGACUACCUCGUUCAGAAUACAUCAUUUGCUAAUAAAUUAGGUUUUACUGUUACUGUUGGAAAUAACCGUGGCAUCUACCUCCGAGAUCCUGUUCAGGUGGCUGCACCUUCAGAUCAUGGCGUUGGCAUUGAACCUGUAUUUCCAGAGAACACAGAAAACUCUGAAAAAAUAUCCCUUCAGCUUCAUUUAGCUCUGACUUCAAAUUCAUCUUGGGUUCAGUGUCCCAGCCAUUUGGAACUCAUGAAUCAAUGUAGACACAUAAACAUACGUGUGGAUCCCAGGGGCCUAAGAGAAGGAUUGCAUUAUACAGAGGUAUGUGGCUAUGAUAUAGCAUCCCCUAACGCAGGUCCGCUCUUCAGAGUUCCUAUCACUGCAGUUAUAGCAGCAAAAGUAAAUGAAUCAUCACAUUAUGAUCUAGCCUUUACAGAUGUACACUUUAAACCUGGUCAAAUUCGAAGGCAUUUUAUUGAGGUUCCUGAGGGUGCAACAUGGGCUGAAGUGACAGUGUGUUCGUGUUCUUCUGAGGUGUCAGCAAAGUUUGUUCUACAUGCGGUCCAGCUUGUGAAGCAAAGAGCAUAUCGAAGCCAUGAAUUCUAUAAGUUUUGUUCUCUUCCAGAGAAAGGAACACUGACUGAAGCUUUUCCUGUCCUAGGUGGAAAAGCAAUUGAAUUUUGCAUUGCUCGUUGGUGGGCAAGUCUCAGUGAUGUCAACAUUGAUUAUACCAUUUCUUUCCAUGGGAUAGUGUGUACUGCUCCUCAGUUAAACAUUCAUGCAUCGGAAGGAAUCAACCGUUUUGAUGUUCAGUCCUCCUUGAAAUACGAAGAUCUGGCUCCCUGCAUAACUUUGAAGAACUGGGUCCAAACACUACGCCCAGUGAGUGCAAAAACAAAACCUUUAGGAUCAAGAGAUGUCUUGCCAAAUAACCGUCAGCUUUAUGAGAUGGUCCUGACAUAUAACUUUCAUCAGCCCAAGAGUGGGGAAGUAACUCCAAGCUGCCCACUACUUUGUGAACUAUUAUAUGAAUCUGAAUUUGACAGCCAACUGUGGAUUAUUUUUGACCAGAACAAAAGACAGAUGGGUUCAGGUGAUGCCUAUCCACAUCAGUAUUCUUUGAAACUGGAGAAAGGAGAUUAUACAAUUCGACUGCAGAUUCGCCAUGAGCAAAUCAGUGAUUUGGAACGCCUUAAAGACCUUCCAUUUAUUGUUUCUCAUAGAUUGUCUAAUACCUUGAGCUUAGAUAUUCAUGAAAAUCAUAGUUUUGCACUUCUAGGGAAGAAGAAAUCAAACAAUUUGACAUUACCACCCAAAUAUAACCAGCCAUUCUUUGUUACUUCCUUACCUGACGAUAAAAUACCUAAAGGAGCAGGACCUGGAUGCUAUCUUGCAGGAUCCUUAACAUUGUCAAAGACUGAACUAGGAAAGAAAGCUGAUGUAAUCCCUGUUCAUUACUACUUAAUACCUCCACCAACAAAGACUAAGAAUGGCAGCAAAGAUAAGGAAAAAGAUUCAGAAAAAGAGAAAGAUUUAAAAGAAGAGUUUACUGAAGCAUUACGAGAUCUUAAAAUUCAGUGGAUGACAAAGCUGGAUUCUAGUGACAUUUAUAACGAAUUGAAAGAAACAUAUCCUAAUUAUCUUCCUCUGUACGUUGCACGACUUCAUCAAUUGGAUGCUGAAAAGGAACGAAUGAAAAGACUUAAUGAAAUUGUUGACGCGGCAAAUGCUGUUAUUUCUCAUAUAGAUCAAACAGCCCUAGCAGUUUAUAUUGCAAUGAAGACUGAUCCCAGGCCUGAUGCAGCUACUAUAAAAAAGUUGCCUUCUGAUUUCUGCAUCAUUCCAGCCCUUCUCUGGGCAGCCAGGAUCCAUCAGGCAGCAUUUGCCGAGUCUGCCCUGCAGACUCUGGCCGAGCGACGGAUGAAAGGAGUGCUCAGACACAGUGACAUGGACAAACAAAAAUCCACCCUUGUAGAUGCCCUUUGUAGGAAAGGUUGUGCCCUGGCAGACCAUCUUCUUCACACCCAGGCUCAAGAUGGAGCCAUUUCCACCGAUGCAGAAGGAAAGGAGGAGGAAGGAGAAAGUCCUUUGGAUUCUCUGGCAGAAACAUUUUGGGAAACUACUAAAUGGACUGAUCUCUUUGACAAUAAGGUUUUGACAUUUGCAUAUAAACAUGCAUUAGUAAAUAAAAUGUAUGGGAGAGGCCUUAAAUUUGCAACUAAACUUGUGGAAGAAAAACCAACAAAAGAAAACUGGAAAAAUUGUAUUCAACUGAUGAAGUUACUUGGAUGGACCCAUUGUGCAUCUUUUACUGAAAACUGGCUUCCCAUCAUGUAUCCUCCUGAUUAUUGCGUAUUCUAAAAUAGGAAACAAGACUUUAAAUUUUAAAAAAGGAAGUUUUAUAGUGAAUGGAUAUAAAAACAAACUUGUGGCAUUUUUAGUCUAAUGCAUGUUUUCAUCCACUAUCCAAUACUGAUUAUUAAAAUGACAUGUAUUUAUCAGAGAAUUCACUGAUGUGUGGCUUAAUACAUGUAAAUCUAGACCUCUGACAUCAUGGUGUUUUCUUAAUGCCUCACAUUGCUGGCACAGGGAUGUGCCCUGCCUGCCAGCACCUAGGACUUCGAGUUGGGUUGCAGCUUAUGACAUGCAUGAUAGGUUUUGGAAGGUAACUUUUAACGGCAAACCUGUAAAGUUCUAUUUUUUAUUUUAUAAAUGAACAGGGUUUUAACAUGCUCAACUUUAAUUUUUUUUCAAUUGUAUGAAGGCCUUAAAAAAGCUACAUUAAGCGUAGCUAAAAUUAUUUAUUGGAAUAAAAACUAACAGAACUUCAUUUCCAGAUUUUUUUUUUUUUUUUUUUUUGGCAAAUGUUUACAUUCAAUUAAGGGGAAAAAAUAAAACCAGCACAAAUGAGUGGCAAUUGCUGGAGCAUAACUGCUUCAAUAAAUCUUCAUCUUGGGGUAAUUACAGGCAAGUCAUUUUCACAUCCUCUUGAAGUUCAGAGCAUCAGAAUGAACUCUAUGAAUACAUGUGUAAGUGCCAGACAGCUGAAUCUUUAUCAGGUAUUGUAAAGAUACACAUAUGAUAUGUUUAUUAAAAUUGAAAUCAUGUAAAACACGUGAAUAAAUUUGCAAAACCAAGAUCACAGUACACCAUAUGCACUCUGGUACCUUAAUUUUUUUUUUAUAAAUAAUAAAAGUGAAUAUUGAAGCUUCUUAAA